AUGGCUACCCCCAGUGUCCUUACCUUUGAUGCUGAGGGUCGUGCUGUUGACUUCGAGGUCUGGGUCGAUGACCUACAGCUCUUCCUACAGUGCGACAGGGCAGACGGACUCUCCCUGUUCGAUCUCACCUCUGGUGCCUCUCCUGCCCCGCCUGCUGAUGCUGACACCACUGUUCGCUCACAGUGGGCCACACGCGAUGCUGCUGCCCGUCUUGCUGUGCGUCGCCACUUACCGACCGCUGAGCGUGCGCACUUUAGUCAGUACAAGAGUGCUAAGACCUUGGACCACUUCCUCUCUGUUUGCCCCACCACACUCACCGUUGACCUCCUCGAGGAGCGCCUCCUGGUAGCUGAGAAGAGUAUAGUCGCUGUAGGAGCCUCUAGAGGUGACCCGUGUGCCCCUGUCUUUGAGGGGUGCUCCCCCUCCCCCCUUUUGCCCUCUGUUGCCUCUGCUGCUGCCGUCGACUUCGUUGGCACCGAGUCGGUCGGCGCUGCGUCUGCCCCUAGCGGGCGACGCCGCACCGGCAAGGGCAAGGGGGGCAAGGGCGCUGGAGGGGCUGGCGGGGGCGGUGGAGGUGGAGGUGGAGGAGGCGGAGGGAGUGGGGGUGGUGGUGGGAGUGGUGGCGGGGGUGGGGGCUUCGGUGGCGGCAGUGGAGGCGGAGGCGGCGGCGGCGGUGGCGGUGGGAGCGGAGGAGGAGGCGGUGGCGGUGGUGGCGGAGGUGGCGGCGGAGGAGGUGGAGCUAGUCGGGGUGGCUCUGCGCAGCGGGGCGGCUUAGGUGGUGGUCAGCGCCAGCAGCAGCAGCGCACUCGUGAGACCCCGUCCCCCCAGCAGCUUCGUGAGUGGUACGCUGGGCAUCAGCGAGGUGGGGGUACUGGUCCCUGUACCUACGUCCUCCGUACCGGCGACCGCGCUGGUGAGCAGUGCGGGGGCUCGCACUCCACCCAGCGCUGCUUCGGCCGCCUAACGGACGCUUGGCGUCACCAGUUCCCUGACGCCACUGAGAUCCCUCGCUGGGGAGAGCUGUCUAGGGCGGGGGUUGCUAUCUUUGAUCUUGACUAUGAUGCUAUUCUUGCUGCCAUGUAUGCUGUGUCUACUAGUGAUGAGGGUGACCUGUGUGUUCCGCCUGACCCGGGCAUUGAGGCUGCUGCUCUAGGUGCUGGUGAGGCUGCUGCUCUAGGUGCUAGUGCGUCUGCUGCCCCACGUGCUGGUGAGUCUGCUCUCUCAGGUACCACGUCGGCUCAGGCCUUACACACCUUCACCCUUGACUCGGGUGCUUCCCGCUCCUUCUUUCGAGACCGCACCACGCUUACGCCGCUUAGUCGGCCGGUUGCGGUCUCCCUGGCGGACCCCUCUGGGGGUCCUGUCCUUGCUCGCUUCUCCACUGUCUUACCGUGUCCGGCAUGUUAG